CUCCUCCAUCCUCUCGCGCCGCCUGUUCCCCGCACCAGGAGACUCGGGCACCCGGACCGGCUGAUCUACCGCUCGCAUCCGGUGUUAUUCCCGGCACCCGGACACACACGGACACACACAGACACACACGGACACACACGGACACACACGGACACACACGUUCCACGUGCCUCCACCUCCUCCCCCGCCACCCGCCGGCCUCCACCACUCUUCUGCACGGCCAAUGGCCCGCUUGCUGGGGGUCUUCCGUCUUGCCUCUCCCCUCUUCUGCCCGCCCUCGCCCCCGGCUGCUCGUCUUUCUCGCCCCUUUGUUGGCGCCCUUCUCCAGAGGGCCACAUUCUCCCGCCAAGCCAUGGCCGAAACCCCGCCGCAGCCCGGCGAUCCCGCCAUCUCGGAGGGGAGCUCCACCCCGCCGUCAGCCGGCAUUGAGGCUCUGUCGAAUGACGAGCUGCAAAACCUGGUCCGACGCCUGCAGGGGGAGCUGGCCUCGGCACGCACCGAGCUGAAGCAGCUCCGCCGCCAGGCCGACCCCAUCCCCGAAUCUGCCCCCCCGGCCACCAUGCGCAAGGCCCCGCGGCGGGAAUUCGAUCCGCGCCGGUAUGGCCAGCGUCGAGUGGUCCUGCACGUCAGCUACAUGGGCUGGAAUUUGAGCGGCCUCGAGGCACAGGCCAACUCCCCGGACACGGUCAAUGGCCACCUGCUCCGGGCCCUGGCCAAGACUUUUCUCAUUAGCGUCCCGAGCGAGGUGUGCCGCAAGCAUGGCAUCACGCAGCUCUCCCCGGAGGUGGCGACCACCGCGGCGCCGGACAUUGUCGCCGCCUGCCGGCUGUCGCAAACCGGCCGCACGGAUGCCGGCGUGUCGGCUCUGUCGCAGUUCAUCGCGGUGGAUGUCCGCUCGCAGGCCCUCGGCCCGGCGGCCGCCAUCGUCGACGGCGAGGCCCCACAGCAUCCGGUCCUGGACCGGGCCGAGUUGAAUUAUCCGCGCCUCUUGAAUGACGCCCUGCCGGAGGGGAUCCGCGUGCUUGGCUGGGCCCCGGUCUCGUGGGACUUCGACGCGCGCUUCGCCUGCCAAGGUCGGUCUUAUGCAUAUCUGUUGCCGAGCCACGGCCUCGACCUCGAUCGCAUGCGUGAAGCUGCCGGGCAUUUUGUCGGGUGCCAUGAUUUCCGGAAUUUCUGCCGGCUGGACAAGUCCAAGACGCAGAUCCGCUUCGACCGGACUGUCUUCAAUGUGACUGUCGAGCCGUUUGCCCCGUCCAAUGCCCUGCCCGAGCACCUGCGGUAUCUGAUGGUGCGGGUUUACGGCCGGGGGUUCCUCUACAACCAGGUCCGAGCCAUGGUGGCGGUGUUGGCGGCGGUCGGCACAGGGCGCGAGACGCCGGACGUUGUGCGCCACCUGCUCGACAUCGAGAAGCAUCCUCUGCGUCCUGUGUAUGAUGUGGCUUUGGAGUAUCCUCUGGUCAUGGUUGGCGCGGAUUAUCCCAAUCUGAACAUGAUCUAUGAGACAGACACAUUGCGCCGGGUUUCGCAGUCGGUUUGGAACCAGUGGCACGCCACCCAGACGCAGGCACACAUUCAAAGCCUGCUGCUGGGCAUGGUGGCCGCCCUGCCGACGGCCGAAAUUCGCACCGCCUCCAAGGGCGCAGACGGGGUCCUGCCCAUCUUUCCGGAUGUCCAUUCGCUCGACACCUGCCACAAGGGCAACCUCAGCUGGCAGUACCACCGGCCGAGUGGGGAUCCUUCCGCCGGGGCUGACGGCCCGGCUGGCUUGACGGCCGAUGGCCGGCCCAUUCUGGCCACGCUGCCGAACCCGGCGUUCGUGCAUGGCGAUGCGGCGCCGGCCCAACCCAUGGCCUACCGCCCGGAUCCCACGGCCGAGACCACCCUGCCAGCCAUCUACCACGGCCUGGGGGUCAUCUCUCGUCCCCAGAUCCCGGGGUUGGUGGUGCCGGGGUUCCAUCUGCCCGCCCUGCCGCGGCUGGCCGAGUCCGAUGAUGCGGAUUCCGACCAUGAGCCCCAGGACCUGCUGCCAUCCGUCACCACCCCAACCACCACGAUGGCGCCCGAGGAGGCCAGCCCGUUGUUGGUGAAGCCGGAACCCCAGGUCCUGCCAUCUAGCGAGCUGAUCGCCUCAUUGGACCAGCGCUUUGGCUUUGGUGUGGCGGUCAUCCCGCACGCGGCUUGCUCCAUGAGCAAGGUCCCGGGCGCGGCCUACGUGCCGCUUCGUUCACGCAAGACCAUGUUGUACUCCCCGGAGGAGGUGGCCGAGCGCGUGGCCAAGCGCAAGCGUGUGGCGCGAGUCAUGAAGUCCAUCUCCAAGGACAAAUAGCCGGCCUCUCGCCUCCUGCUCCGGGCCGUGCCAAGCUCCCGGCAGACAUCCAUUUAAAUUCUGGCCAUGUUGAUUCCGCCGCUACAGCCGCUUGAAGAAGACAAACAAAUGACCCGCCAGUGUACGCGGCCC